AUGGACGACGACUACGGCGCCGACGAGUCGCUCCUCGCCGCCAUGGCAGCCGCGGCCGAUGCGCCAAGGCCACGGCCGCCUGCCUCGGCAGCAGCUCAACCGUCGACGACGACGCCAAUUCGGCAGCCCCCGGUGCCGCAGGCUCUGCCCCAGAGGCAGUCUGGCUCCACGAUUCUCGUCUCUCCGCGGCAGCGCGGCAAUCCCGUCUUGACUUGCGUCAGAUCCAUGCCGUGGGAGUACAGCGAUAUUCCGGCCGACUACGUUCUGGGGAUCACGACUUGCGCCCUCUUCUUGAGUCUGAAGUAUCACCGUCUGCACCCCGAAUACAUCUACACACGAAUCCGGAACCUGCAGGGCAAAUACAACCUCCGUGUCCUCCUCACCAUGGUGGACAUUCCCAACCACGAAGACUCGCUGCGCGAACUCUCCAAGACGUCCAUGGUCAACAAUGUCACCAUCAUCUUGUGCUGGUCGGCGGCCGAGGCGGCGCGAUAUAUCGAGCUGUACAAGUCGUACGAAAACGCCAGCUUUGCAGCCAUCCGUGGCCAGCAGGCGUCCACCUACGCGGACAGACUUGUCGAUUUCGUCACCGUGCCCAGAAGCCUCAACAAGUCCGACGCCGUCGCCUUGGUCGCCAACUUUGGCAGCCUCAAGAACGCUGUCAAUGCCGAGCCCGAGCAGCUCGGCAUGCUCAACGGGUGGGGAGGGGUCAAGGUCAAGAGGUGGUGCGCCGCCAUCGACGAACCCUUCCGGGCCAAAAAGGCGGCCAAACGGGGCAUGCAGCCGUCUGGGGAUCGGCCCCGAGGAGAGCAGUCGAGCGGACGGAUCGUGGGAGAAGAUCAGGGCACGCAAGACGGAGUCGCGCCGAAGCAGUUUCAGUUCCUCGACGACGACGGUGAAGAUGACGAGGCCCUACUCGCCGCGGCCUUGGAAGAGUCAAGAAAGACUGCCCAGCCUGCUGGUCCAGAUCGCGCAGCCGACGGUCAAGAAGCCAUGAGUGGGGGUGUUGCAGCAGCCUUGGCCAGGCUCCGCGAGAAUGGCUGA